AUGGAGAAUAACCAGGAAACUCGUCCCAGAAGGGAUGGUGAAUUUGUUUCUGAUAAAAUAAGUUUUAAAAUAGAAGAGGAGGAUGCUGUUCGAAUCCCUAAUCACAGUUUGGAAGGAGUGGAGUUUAAGGGCGAGCAGGACCGGCACCAGGCGGAGGGUGGCGGGGAGCGGGUGGAGGCCAGGGAGGCAGGCGGGGGCUGUGAGCCCCCUGGGAAGUGCCUCGCUGCCGACCAGGAGGAGGAGUACGGGUCUCUGCUCUCCCACUACAGCAGUGCGCUGUACGACGUGGCCAUGGAGGCCGUGACACAGAGCCUCCUGUCGGGCCGGGGUGUGAGCUCCAGAAAGAAGUCCCCGGCCUGGAAGCAUUUCUUCAUCUCCCCCCGGGACAGCACUAAAGCCAUCUGCACGUACUGCAUGAAGGAGUUCAGCCGAGGGAAGAAUGAGAAGGAUUUGAGCACCAGCUGCCUCAUGAGGCACGUGAGGAGGGCGCACCCCACGGUGCUCAUCCAGGAGAACGGCGGCAUGCCGGCCCUGCCCUCUCUCUCGCCCCCUCCACUGAGGCUGCCACCACAGCCCGCCGACACCGGGGACUUGGGGGCCGUGCUCUCACCCCUCAAGCUUGCCCCUAAGCUGGCGUCCAAGGUCCCGUCCCCCGAUGACAUGACGGAGGAAUCUGUGGUGUCCUCUGAAGAAGUCCCCUCCGACGCGUCGGCCUCUGACAGGUACGGCAGGGAAGAGGGCCUGGGGGGGCCGCCACACCUCCCCACCCUGCCCUGUGAGGAGGGCGCGGAGAACGGGGUGGAGAAAAACCCCCCGCUCCCAAAGGGCACAUCCGGGUCCAGGAGGCGGUCCGCCGUGUGGAAGCACUUCUACCUGUCGCCCCUGGAUAACUCCAAGGCGGUGUGCAUCCACUGCAUGAACGAGUUCAGCCGAGGGAAGAACGGGAAGGAUCUGGGCACCAGCUGCCUCAUCAGGCACAUGUGGCGGGCACACCGCUCCAUUGUGCUGCAGGAGAACGGCGGGGGCACAGGCAUCCCGCCCCCCUACGCCGCGCCCCCCACCCUGCUGCCCGCCCUGCCGCCUCCCGACGGAGACCCGAGCUCCGUGUCGUCCUCUCCCGGGAAGCUGGUCCAGGAGUCCCCCUCGGCGUCCUCCUCCCCUGACCGGCUGACUGAGGACCUGCAGGUGCGUUUGAACGCCGGAGACGCCCUGCCGGAAGACGCGACGGCGCUGUCCUCUGAAGACGUGGGCGAGGCCUCGCUGGCCCCCUCCCCCGAGAAACCACAGGCUGGCGGGUUGAGCCCCAGUCUGCUGGACUGUGGUGCUGUGUUCCAGCAGAAUAAGAAGGUCAUGAAGAGGCUGAAGUCGGAGGUUUGGCAGCAUUUCUCGUUGGCACCCAUGGACAGCCUCAAGGCGGUGUGCAGACACUGCGCCUGCGUCAUCAGCCGGGGCAAGCGGGGCGACGUGGGCACCAGCUGUUUGAUGCGGCACCUCUACAGGCGCCACCCGGAGGUCGCGGGCGGUCAGAAGGGCUCUCUGGGUGCCAGUCUGGCAAACUCUCCGUACGCCACACUGGCCUCUGCGGAAAGUUCCUCCUCCAAAUUGACUGACUUGCCAACCAUGGUUACGAAAAACAAUCAGGUUCUAUUCCCCGUUAACAGCAAGAAGACCUCCAAGCUGUGGAACCACUUCUCCAUCUGCUCCGCAGACCCCACAAAGGUCGUGUGCCUGCACUGCGGCCGCACGAUAAGCAGGGGCAAGAAGCCCACCAACCUGGGCACCAGCUGCCUUCUGCGCCAUUUACAGCGGUUCCACAGCAGCGUGCUCAAGACCGACGUGCCCAGAGCAGCGCGGGCCCCCUCGCCCAGCCUCCGGGGGCCCCUGAGCGCACAGCUGUCAGGAGCUUCCUCCUUCGAUGACACCAACGAGAAGUUUUAUGAUUCUCAUCCAGUUGCCAAAAAAAUCACAAGUCUCAUCGCAGAAAUGAUUGCACUUGACCUCCAGCCAUAUUCUUUUGUAGACAAUGUUGGCUUUAACAGGCUGCUUGAAUACUUGAAACCUCAGUACUCUCUGCCCUCGCCUUCCUACUUCUCGAGGACAGCCAUCCCAGGUAUGUACAAUAAUGUGAAACAGAUAGUCCUUUCGCACCUGAAGGAGGCGGAGAGCGGCGUGAUCCACUUCACGUCCGGGAUAUGGAUGAGCAACCAGACCCGCGAGUACCUGACGCUCACCGCCCACUGGGUCACCUUCGCGUCGUCGGCCCGGCCGUACUGUGAGGACCACCACUGCUCAGCCCUGCUGGACGUGUCUCAGGUCGACUGCGACUACAGUGGCAACAGCAUCAGGAAGCAGCUGGAGUGCUGGUGGGAGGCCUGGGUGACGUCCACCGGCCUCCAGAUCGGAAUCACCGUCACCGACAACCCGAGCAUCGGGAAGACACUGAGCGAGGGGGAGCGCGCCAGCGUGCAGUGCUUCAGCCACACGGUCAACCUCGUUGUCAGCGAGGCCAUCAAGAGCCAGCGGAUGGUCCAGAACCUCCUCAGCAUCGCACGGAAGAUAUGUGAGCGGGUGCACCGGUCACCCAGAGCGAAGGAAAAGCUAGCAGAGCUGCAGAAGGAGUACCAGCUGCCACAGCACCACCUCAUCCAGGACGUCCCGUCCAAGUGGAACACGUCGUUUCACAUGCUCGAGCGGCUCAUUGAACAGAAACGGGCCAUUAACGAGAUGUCCAUCGAGUGCAACUUCAGAGAGCUCAUCAGCUGCGACCAGUGGGAAGUCAUGCAGUCCGUGUGCCACGCGCUAAAGCCCUUCGAUGCCGCCAGCCGGGAGAUGAGCACCCACGUGUCCACGCUCAGCCAGGUCAUCCCCAUGAUCCACAUCCUCAACCGGAAAAUCGAGAUGCUCUUUGAGGAGACGAUGGGCAUCGACACCAUGCUGAAGUCCUUGAAGGAAGCCAUGGUGAGCCGGCUGGCCGCCACCCUGCAUGACCCGAGGUACAUCUUCGCCACGUUGCUGGACCCUCGCUACAAGGCCUCCCUGUUCUCGGAAGAGGAGGCGGAGCAGUACAAGCAGGAUCUAAUCAGGGAACUGGAAGUGCUGAAUUCUACCUCAGAGGACGCGCCUGUCUCCAACGGCUGUGACGCGGGCUCCCCCUCACGAGGCGCGGUCGGGGAGGAGAACCUGUGGUCCCUCAUGGCCAAGAUGACGAAGAAGGGCCCCAGGGAGAAGACAAAGGUGCCCGAGGACAUGGUGCUGGCGUACCUGGAGGAGGAGGUGCUCGAGCACACCUGUGACCCCCUCACCUACUGGAACCUGAAGAAGUCGGCCUGGCCGGGCCUGUCCGCGCUGGCCGUCAGGUUCCUGGGCUGCCCCCCAAGUAUCGUCCCUUCUGAAAGGCUGUUCAACACACCGACAGAGAACGGUAGCUUCGGCCAGUCCAGGCUCAUGAUGGAACAUUUUGAAAAGCUCAUCUUUUUGAAAGUGAAUCUUCCCUUGAUAUACUUUCAGUAUUGA